ACAGUCUUCAAAACUGAAACAUUCUUUUCGUUCUAAACGGCAAUCCUUAAAUCAAUAAUCAUGAAGUGCAUCGCAGCUGUAGUCAUGAUGGCCGUCGCUCUCGCCAUUGCUGAAGGAUCCCUUCUCCCGCUGUCCUUGACUUCUCCACUGGCUCUGGCUUCUCCACAUACCACCGUCAUUCAGCAGAACUUGGGAGCUCCCAUGCUCCACGCCGCUCCAUUAAUCUCUGCUCCGGCAAUUAGCCACGCUAUCCACGCCUCGAUAAUCCCAACCAUUCCAAUCGUUCAACAGCCAGCCAUCGCUGUGAUUGCCCAGAAGGAAGGCCGCUAUGUGGCUGCCACCCGUGGAGCUGUCCAUGAUGCUCCUCUCUCAGGACACGCUAUUUCCCAGCAGUCUCUGAAUUUGGCCUCCGCCCCAGGAACUCUGUAA